CAACCUGUUUAUGAAGGACCAUAAACUAUUAUGAGUUUACUGACAUUAUGUUGAGAAUAGAGAUACCGCUAGUCUUGCAUCACCAUAUUCCCAAGUCUCCAUCAACCAGGAAGCUUCAUACAGAGGCUAAGGCCAGGAUUAAAUCCGUCUUGCGUUAGAUCCUAGUUAUAGCAUGCUUGACAUUGAAAGUUAAUUUCCAAUUGAGCUGACAUUUGCAGCGUUUAGUUUGAAAGCGACCUCCGCGAACGCGGUUACAUUGCCUUUAAAAGUUGCACUGUCUACAAGGGCAAUCGGAUUGACUCCUGGCCUAAGAUAACACUGUGUUAUCCAAGAUUGUGAAAAAGAGGACUCAUUUUGAAAGUAGGGUUAGCAGGGUGGUUUGCUUAUGAGAUGGAACACUGAAGAUAAGACAGACAAGCUCCAACAGGAUGGGCCACAUUGAGACAGUUAUCCCUAUCUGCAUUAGCCCCCAUCAACAUCUCUGUGUCCCAAGCCGGUGUGGCACCAGGGAGGACCAGGCAAGACUCUGCAGGCACAGCCUUACAACUGGAUGAGCUUGGAAUGCUAACAUUAGCAAACCAUAAAAAUACCAUGAGGUCUGGGUGGCUGUGCCUUUGGAAAAUAUAACUCACAUUAUGGCUCACUGCAUUUGGAUCAAACAGUCCAUUAUUUUAUAACCACCACACCAAAAGGGAAUAUCUACUGUACAUAGGGUACUUUCUCAAACGGUCUAAAACAGAGUUUCUCAUGGUUCUAACUACACAUAUGCCUCCAAGAGAGGCAAAGAUAGUUGUUUUAAAUUUGUAAGGAAUUCUUUCUUGACUUAAUUUCCUGCCUCAUGCUCCUUCCUGAUUCUCUGGGACAGAAAUACCUUCUACUGGGAUGAGAGGAAGAUACAAUAAUCCCACAGGCAGCAUAAAGAAAGUGAUCUUUAUUUUAUCGGCUUUGUAGGACAGGCUUGUUAGUUCAUGGCCUCUUAUAUUAGGUAUAUCCAAACACUGCUAUACUAUUGAUGGUACUAUGUGUAAAUACUGUAGGUGCCUGUGUGUACACUACUAAGAUAUCCACAAGGAGAGAGUGUGCGAGAAAGAGAGAGCUAGAUAGAAAGAGAGCUCACCCUUACCACCCUUAUCUUUGCAUUGUUCUUAUGCUCUGAGAAUGAAUGGGGCAGUAUCAAUUUACUACCAAGGGAACGGCAUCUGAGAAAAAAAAUAACACCUUUAAGACUUUUCUGUUGUUGGGAGCGAAUUGCAGCUUUCCAUAUCUCAGUGGGGAAUGUCCCAGGUAAAAUUACAGUCUCUUCCGGAUAUGUUUACAACAAGAUUAGAGUUGCCUUUGUUCCUGCAUGUCUGCACGGGGCUAGGAUAAUUGUUCUUUUGUUUAGCUUGUCUGGAACUCAUAUCCUCAGAUAGGUGGAGGACAAUUAGGUCCAUGUCCAGUUCUUUACAUAAUCUCAUGUGGUAUACUUAUAAUGAGGGGUUUAACUGGUGAUACCCCAAUUUUUUGACCUUUUUUAAAUCAAAUUAUAUAUAGCUAUAGCGAUUGAUUCUUGAAGAAUAUAACUUAUUCACAUGAGCUUUGUUCAACUGUCUUAAACAUCAGAACCCAAAAUAUAAGCUUAUUUUAUAAAAAAUCCUGAAUUGCCCCUUUAACUGUAUGUGUGGUUUGUGAUGCGACUCAUGUCCCUGCCAGUUUGCAUGUGAUUCCAGGUUUUCAAGGUAUGCCAGUGAGGAAAUUGAGAAACCCUGUAUAUGGAGUGGAACACAAAUACAUUACACAAGCAGUUUAUAUAAUAUAUUUUCAUAUUUGGGCACAGAAUUAAUCACAAAUAUGUAUAAACAGAAAAUAUUUCUGAUCACCAUCAUUCUGUUUUACCAUUCCAUACUUAUUCUGUGACAUUACAAUUAAAGAGAUGGCAAUCUCAAAUUACCAAGGGUUUUAAAAGGAAAAUCUACAAACUGAGGCAAACUAAAAUAGUACCAUCUCACUCACAUUUGAAGAAGUGUACUUUAGAGUUUCACUUUUGAGAGAGAAAAGCCAGACAUGAGGACAAAGGAGUAUGAAAAGUGCUUUUGGGGCAUAGAGGAGAGAGGGAGGGAACUUGGGCAGAGGGGAGUUUCUAGUGGGAGGGACUGUGGGGGCCUGCAGGGUUAUAUAGUUAGAACGGCUUCCUCUCUGCCCCUGCUCUGUGUGUCUGUGUGCUCCGGUUUCUGCUGGCCCACUCUUAACUCUCUGUGCCUCUCUCAGUCUCUCUUGCUCCAACGAAAAUGAGUGUCAAGCGAAGCAGCGUCAGGGGACCUGGUAGUGGGUACAGCCAAUCCAUCACUCGCAGCUCUGCUGUUCCUGCCUACCGGGCCGCCAGCACCUAUGGUGGGGCUGGGGGUCAGGGGACCCGCAUCUCCUCUGUGUCCUACUCAGGUGUGCGCAGCGGGAUGGGAGGGAUGGGGAUGGGAGGCUCCGGGGGCUCCAUGUCCAGCAACAUCCAGGUGAGUGCCAGCGGGGACACAGCCGACAUCAUGGGCAAUGAGAAGUUUGCCAUGCAGAACCUCAACGACCGUCUGGCCUCUUACCUGGAGAUGGUGAGGAACCUGGAGCAGGCCAAUGGCAAACUGGAGCUGAAGAUCAGGGAGGCCAUGGAGAAGAGAGGCCCAGACGUCAAUGACUACAGCCGCUACAACGCCAUCUUGGAUGACCUGAGGAAGAAGGUGUUUGAUGCCACAAAAGGCAACGCCCGUCUGUGUCUUCAGAUCGACAAUGCACGCUUGGCUGCUGAUGACUUCAGGGUGAAGUUCGAGUCCGAGCUGUCCAUCCGGCAGUCUGUUGAAGCUGACAUUGUUGGCCUGAGGAAGGUCAUUGAUGACACCAACAUGGGCCGCAUGAACCUGGAGAGCGAGAUCGAAUCUCUAAAGGAGGAGCUCAUCUUCCUGAAGAAGAACCACGACAACGAGGUGAUGGAGAUGCGUAACAUGAUCUCCCAGUCUGGAGUGCAGGUGGAUGUGGAUGCUCCUAAGGGACAGGACCUGGCCGCUAUCAUGGCUGAGGUCCGGGCCAAGUAUGAGAAGGAGGCCCUGAAGAACCAGGAGGAGCUCAAAGCAUGGCACGAAACACGGAUCACAGAGGUGCAGUCUGUGGUGUCACAGAACACAGAGGCCCUGCAGGGCGCACACACAGAGAUCAAUGACCUCCGCAGACAGCUACAGACACUGGAGAUUGAGCUGGACUCACAGAAAAGCUUGAAAGGUUCUCUGGAGGGAACCCUGCGCGACACAGAGAUGCGCUACAACAUGGAGAUGGAAUCCUUGAACAACAUCCUCGUGGGUCUGGAGUCUGAGCUGACCAACCUCCGCUCUAACAUCCAGCAGCAGACACAGGAGUACGAGCACCUGCUCAACAUCAAGAUGAAGCUGGAGGCGGAGAUCGCCACAUACAGAAGACUGCUGGACGGAGGAGACUUCAAGCUCCAGGAUGCUCUGGAGGACCAGCGGACAGUGAAGACCAAGGUGAUGACCGUCACACAGACUCUGGUGGAUGGGAAAGUUGUCUCCUCCAGCACAGAGACCAAGGAGAGGAAACAGUGAGACCACACCCAUCGUUCCCAGUCAUCCUUCACGUACAACACCAAUCGACACCUCAUAGGCAUACGAUAACAUCUAGCUGGAUAUAAGAAGAAAGCUAUCUCAUCAUUGUAUUUAUUUCAUCAUUGUUUCUUUUGCUUUUGGGUCUUGUGUUUUUUUUAUCUUACGCAUGUAAGAAUACAUACGUUUAAGUUCAGAAUUGAGAAAUUUGGGACGAAGUUGGUUUAACCAAUGUUUUAGACCUUUAAACUAGCAAUUGGAUGAAGUAAAAUAUCUGUAUAUCUAUUAACUUUCUUUUUCUACCAUUGUCAUCUUACUUUUCUUUCUGUCCAAUUGAAUUUGCCUGAUGUGAUGUACCUUCAUUGUACAAUAAAAUUUUACCGGAAUCUUGA